AUGUCCGGGGGAGGAAACAUCAAGGUCGUCGUACGAUGUCGUCCGCUCAACUCGAGAGAGCUCGCCCGCGGAGCCAAGCCCCUCAUCCGCAUGGAGGGCAACCGGACGAUCCUUGACCCACCAGAAGCGCCGACGUCCGGCAGAGGAGUAGCGAAGACGCCGCAAGUGUUCUCAUUUGGAGCAAGAACCGACCCCGACUAUGCGUCACAGGAGACGCUGUUCCAGGACCUCGGCGUGGACCUGCUGAACCACUCGUUCGAGGGCUUCAACACUUGUAUCUUUGCCUACGGACAGACGGGAAGUGGAAAGAGUUGUAAGUACGAGCCCGGACAAGCCCAGAGCUUUGGGCAGAACUACCGCAUACGAACACCGGCUAACAUCUUGCACAGACUCGAUGAUGGGAUCAUUGUGCUCGUGUUGGCGGGAGCGGAUGCUGCGGCACUUGCUGAUGCCACAGACGGAGCCGAUAAGGGUAUCACGCCUCUCACCACCUCGGAGCUGUUCCGACGCGUCGAAGAGCAGGCUGCAAAGGACUCGAACCUGUCGUUUUCGGUUGAGGUGUCGGUGCGCGAUCUCCUCAACCCAAAGAACAAGGGCAACCUCAAGGUCCGAGAACACCCUAGUCUUGGACCCUAUGUCGAGGACCUCAGCAAACUGGUCGUCGAGAACUACAACCAGAUGAUGACAUUGAUGGACGAGGGAAACAAGGGCACGAGGCUGCGUGAGGGUGCAAACAUCAACAAGUCUCUUACGACCCUUGGAAAGGUCAUCGCUGCGCUGGCCCAGGCAAGCGAGCCGACCAAGAACAAGCGUGGAUCACGGAGAGAGGAGUUCGUCCCGUAUCGAGACUCAGUUCUCACAUGGCUGCUGAAGGAGAGUCUCGGAGGAAACUCCAAGACGGCGAUGAUCGCUGCGAUCUCUCCAGCAGACUACGAUGAGACGCUCAGUACGCUCAGGUACGCCGAUGCUGCGAAGCGCAUCAAGACGCACGCGGUUGUCAACGAGGACCCGAACGCCAAGCUCAUCCGCGAGCUCAAGGAGGAGCUCGAGUUACUCCGGAAUCGCGUCUCGAGUGGUGGCGGUACGGAUGAGUCGACGUACGACCCGAAUAUCCCGCCCGAGAAGCAAAUCGUCACGUACAAGACGAAGGAAGGCGAGAUCCGCAAGGUCACCAAGCUCGAGCUGCAGGAUCAGCUGCAGGCGUCCGAGAAGCUCAUGGAGGAUCUCAACCUCACGUGGGAACAGAAGAUGGCUGCCACACAGGCCAUCCAUGUGGAGCGAGAGAAGGCGCUCGAGGAGCUUGGUAUCUCGGUGGACAAGAACAAGCACCCGUCCCUGGUCAACUUGAACGAGGAUCCCCUCAUGUCCGAAUGUCUCGUCUACCAGCUGAAGCCUGGUGUGUCGGUUGUCGGUAGUCUGGAAAGCAAGGAAGCACAGAUCAAGCUGUCCGGGCCACACAUUGCCGCCAAGCACUGCUCCUUCACCAACAAUGAGGGAGAGGUCACUCUCGAGCUUGCUGGGGAAGCCCCUACAUUCGUUAACGGCAAGCGAGUGCAGCCCAACACUACCGAACUGAUGGACUGGACGGCGGCGAGGCGCGAGGUUGCUGACAUAGAGGCCUUGGGCGACCGCGACCUGGACAAGCUUUUUGACGAUAUCGUCAAGGUGCGAACACUACGCGGUCGACCCGAGAGCCGUUUAGACCUGACCUCUGAAGUAGAUUCCAAGAUUCUUGCUUCCCUCGCGGAUGAGUCAACAGACAACAACCCAUGGGACCUGACGUACACGAACGGGAACGGCAACGCGUCGCCUCGCGGCAUGUACGACCAUAGCGACAGUCGGACGGAGCCCGACAGCCCGUCUCGACCUAGCUCUCGACCAGACAAUUCGAGCAGCGCGGACUCGACUCUGGAGCAGCAAGCGUUGACGAAGCAGCUGCGAACCCUGGCGCAGGAGGUCAAACGCAUGCGCACGCAAGCGGCAGUCGCUCGGGCCCGAGGCAUGUCUAUUCCAGAUGUCGCCGACUGGACGCCUCGAGAGCUAGUUCUGGCUCGCAAGGCUAUUGAGCACUGGAAGCGGCUGCGCAACUUUGCCAUGGCUGAGCAGAUGCUCAUGACCGCUGCCGACGUGCGAGAGGCGAACAUCAUCGCCAAGCAGAUGAACAGACAGAUGACAUACAACUUUACGAUUGUCGAUGGGCCCCUCGAGUCACCGAUAUCGACGUUAGACGAGAUCGGUGGGAUUAUUGACUAUGACGAUAUGUCCACCGAGUCCACUGGACCGAGCGGUCCCAAGGUCAUGGUUAAAGUCAUUGACCAUGAGUCGACAUGUGAGCUUCAACCAGGACAAGCCCUGACGCAACCAGCAAUCUACCUGUGGAAUCUGUCCAGGUUUCAACAGCAACUCGCACGCAUGCGUCAAGUUCUCGCCGUCAAGGACAAGCCGGGGUAUCAGAUGCACCUCAGCGUCCACGCGCCGUUCGGCGACAGCCCGACGCCCAGUUUUUCGUACAUCGGUGCAGCGCAGGUGCCCCUGCAGCUGCUGGGCCACCAGAUGUCGUACGCGGUCACCGUGCCCAUCUUCUGUGCCUACACGAUGGAGGCGAUCGGUUCCUGCAGGGUCGACUUCAAGUGCUCGUCCGUGCCACGCUCGGGCGUGGCGAGCCCGGACCUCGGCGGACCCGUGCUGCCGACACCCUCUUUCGGCCCCAAGUUCUCGUUCACCGUCACGGUUGACUCGGUCAAGGGUCUGACGUCUGCGGACUUCACUGAGGUUCACGCGCAGACCAAGCUCUCCUCGCUCGUCGGUCCGAUUCAGAGCGAGGACACGUACUCGUCAAUGCCGGUCAACCUUGACAAGGAGUCGGUGUCGCACCUCAGCCUGUGCAAGCCGCUCUCUGUCAUUGUGACUUCGGACAUGUUGCAGCACUUUGAGCACGGUUAUGCCCGUGUCGAGUUCUUUGCGAGGGUUAGGGACGCCUACCUCUGCCGCUUGGAGCGGUUUGACUGCUCGCGGGAGGAGGUGCCUCCGCCCUCAACACCGGGAGACUCAACGCCCUCUUCAAACCCCGACAAGCCAACGAUGCGGCGCGCAGAGACCGAACUGGCUGUCACGGAGCAGCAUGACCUCUUCUCUGCUCUCGAGGUGCGCGAGAUGGCGACGGAUGGCGAGUACCUCCCUGCCGCUGUGCAGGACGAGGUGCUGCAGCUGCACCUGGGUGUGCAACGACAGGUUGUCAUCGAGUUGUCGCAUGCCUCUGGCCAAAGCCUGAAGUGGCUCCGCAUCUCGCACGCCUCCGCCGGAAACAUCCGUAUGGUGAAGAACGGCGGGGACCCGGUCCAGGUGACGGCGGCCGAGGUGAACCUGCAACUCACGAGCGAGGUCGAGUUCAAGCACGACGGCACCGCCAAGCUCGUCGCGCAGGGAUCGUGGGACACGGCCGCGCACCACUGUCUGCAGAUGGAUCGCCGCACGCCCACGAACGGCUUUAUGCUCGCUCGACUGACCUUCAUGGUGGAGAUCGAGGGCGUGGACGAGCCAGCCGUGCUGAACAUGGACGUCAAGCUCCGCAUCCUGGCACGGGAUACGCGCCGCGGCUCCCUCAUCAGCUUCUGGCGAGCCAAGCCGCAGACGAACAUCAUUGGCAUCUUCUCGCUCGACCUCACACCGCCAAUGGCGCGCACGGCGCGCGACCUCUGGCGCCUCGACACGGCGAAGAAGAGCAUGCCCGGCGAGCAUCUGUUAGAGGGGUGGCGGCCGCGCAGUAUCGCCCUCAUUCGCGAGUACGCUGGUCUCGCGAAACAGCGCCGCCUCAUCGCCGACGUCCAGACGAGCAAGGUCGUGCUCGACUGGGCUGGUGCCGUCGUGCCGUCCAAAACGGACGCGGACGGGCAGGCUCAGCUCCAGACACGCUGCGUCGGCAUGUGGCAGCGCCAGAUCGACACGAGGGUCGAGACGACGCAGGAGAAGGAGCUCGCGCACAAGCUCCGCCAGCUCGUGCCCGACCUCGCGCCGCGGCUCGUUCCCUCCGUCCGCAGCGUGACUGCCAAGCCAUACCUGCACCUGCACCCCGAGUUCGGCAAGCGGGAAACACAGAUCAUCAACGUCGCGCAGGCCAAUGUCGUUCCGAGCCCCGACGUCGAGAUGCUCCUGGGCCGCCGAUACGCCUUCACAGUCUACACGCCGACGAACAGCUACAUCAUCCAGGCGCAGGGGCCGUACGAGCUCACGGCGUGGAUGACAGUGAUCGGGCGGCAGAAGGGCGCCGCGGCCGCGCCAGUGCCGAACGGACACCCUGCUGCGUGA